AUGAGCACCUCCACGCUAAAGUGGCCGCGCUCCGCUCCGUCUUCGUUGCUCCAGCAGAACAGUCGAUUUAUUAAACGCGACCACCUCCCUCGUCCAUGGUGUUGGUCCUUUUCUUCCAGCGCUGACCGGCCAGUCCACCAGAGCGCCGAUUUUUCCAGCUAUAGUAAAAAUAGCGAUCGAUUGGGCCGACGGGCCAAGGAAAAGCUGCUCGAUCGGGAAUUCUUUCUCAGUUUGUUGAGCUCGGCCUCGACCAAGCGAGAAGCCAAAUCGUACCUGGCGCGGAUCAAGCAGCAACCCAAGACGGAUUACAAUCCUCCUACAACACUUAAAGCUGAACCGGAGCUUUCGAAGGCGACUGUGAGUGCAGCAGCUUUGACCCCUCAGUCAACUUCCGGCGGCUCGUUCUAUGGUGCCUCGAGAUCCGUCUACGAUAGUCCCGUCUUCCGUCAGCAUGCGACUCCCGCGGCCCAACCGCAAGAUAUAGUGGAAGAAAAGCUUCACCUGGCUUUGGUCAAGAUCACAACACCUCAGCUCCUCGAGACCUCCAUUAUCGAUGGUGUCGCCAAAACCCUAGCCCAGCUGAGCCGUCUGGGAUUGCCCUGCUGCGUCGUGGUGGACCCGGGGACAAAAGAUGACCCCAACGUGCUGCGGAAAAUUGCCAUAGAGCAGGCUGAUCGCAUUUCCAGCGCGAUUGAUGCGCAGCCUGAUUCCAAGUCCGUCCGGCUGGACUCAGUAUUCUCCAUUACAUCAACUGCUACAGAACCCACGGUGUUCUCACGAAAGGUGCUGCUGAAUCCGUUGCGUGAUGCACACACUGUGAUUGUGCCUCCAAUCGGGUAUACUAUGGAUACGCCCCGGGCCGUUUUCAUUCCUGCAAACGACGCCGUGCUUGCUCUGACCAAGGAGUUGGCAGGGCUGGCAUACCCUCAUGAUCCUGAUGAGGAUCCAUUGGUCACUGCCAAUAGGAUCAGAAGCUUGCAGAAAGAAGUAUCCUUAGACCGGGUUAUACUAUUGGAUCCGCUGGGGGGUAUACCGGCCUAUAGUGGACCGCAGACGUCGCAUGUCUUCAUCAACAUGGAGCAGGAGGUUGAGGAUAUCGAAGAUGAACUGCUGCGGGUGGGACAGUCAUUACUGGCACCUGGAGCCGCACAAACCCAGGAGGGGGCAACUUCCAUUGCUGAUAGUAACCCUCUCACGGACUUCGUCAAUUUGGAGGUCGCCUCGACGCCGUACGGUCAAGCAUAUCAAAUAAACCAAGCAAAGCCUGGGCUAGAAGCGAUCGAUGGGCAUAUCGAAAACCUCCGGUUGUCUCAAAAGGCACUUUCCAUGUUGCCUGCCACAUCUUCCGGCAUCAUCUCGUCGCCAACAGAUGUAGCCAACUCAGCUCGGACGCCGCAAACUGCCGCUUCGGACGUAUCGAACGUGGGAACGCGACGACAACGAAACCCGCUCAUUCACAAUCUGCUCACUGACAAACCAUUGCUUUCGUCUUCCCUGCCCAUGAGUCGGCGCAGUGCCCUUGACGGCAAUAAAACAUUAAACCCGCCUGUCUCUCACACGACCUUUGUCAAACGCGGCAUGCCGCUGACGCUCAUGCCUGAUCCGCGAGUCCAAAUGUGGACCUCCAACAAAGAAGGUCGCGUCAGGUUGACCGAUCCAUGCAUUGACCUACCUCGUUUGGUCCACUUGAUUGAAGACUCCUUCAACCGCAAACUCGACGUCCAGGACUACCUGAAACGAGUCAACGAACGCCUAGCAGGCGUAAUCAUCGCAGGCGAGUACGAAGGCGGUGCCAUUCUCACCUGGGAAACACCUCCCGGCGUCUCAGACGACGACAGCGAAGCCAGCCGCGCACGAAUGGUCCCGUACUUAGACAAGUUCGCCGUCCUGAAGCGUAGCCAAGGCGCAGGUGGUGUGGCGGACAUGGUUUUCAAUGCGAUGGUGCGCACAUGCUUCCCCAAUGGAGUCUGCUGGCGCAGUCGCAAGGACAAUCCGGUCAAUAAGUGGUACUUUGAGCGGUCUCGUGGGACGUGGAAGUUGGCGGAUACGAAUUGGACGAUGUUCUGGACGACUCCGGGUCUGCCUGAUGAUGCGCAGAAGCUUCAGGAUUACGAGGCCGUGUGCCGCACUAUUGAGCCGAGCUGGGCAGAUAAUACCGGUGUGAUUGAUUAA